AUUCGGGCAGCUCAUUUAGAAACCGAAGAUGUCCCAGCUUCUACGCGUUGGGCUUUUGGCUCUGCUGGCCGCCUUGCUGGCACCGCCAGCACUCGUGGAUGCCACCUGCGGCUUUUGCUACGGCUCGCACACCUGCAUCAACACCACCACCUUCCGGGUGUGCUACGAAAAAAAGCCCGUUCCAUCGUUGACCUUCACCUGCCCGGAGGAAACGCCAAUUUGCACGCAAUACGGCAGCAUUUGUCAGAGGGACUUCGAGCCGGCCUGCCCCUACACCGUGAAAUGUGGCAAAUGCGACGCUGGGCAGAUUUUCGCCUGCACCUCCCUCACCACCUUCGGCGCAUGCCAUGCCGGCCAGCUGUUGCCCGAGCGAAGCAUCUGCCCCAAAGAUUAUUACUGCAGCGUGAGAGGUGCGGCAAAUGGAAAUCCCUGCAAUUUGGUAUGCGAGCCGGACGUGGAAGACUCCUGUGAUCGCGUUGAGGAUGAUAUAGUGACGCCAACACCUACUCCAAGCACUUCAAGCCCAGACCCUACCCCAGACCCCACCGCUGGGUCUACCGCAGGCUCUACCCCAGACCCCACCGCUGGCUCUACCGCAGGCUCUACCCCAGACCCUACCGCAGGCUCUACAUCUGACGUCACCACGCCAACCACCAUCGCCACCACCACCAUAGCCACCACCACAACUACAGCUGAGCCGACCUUUGAUCCGACUGCCUAUUGCCAGGGCAUUCAAAAAAUUGGCAAUUUCGCCAUACCAAACGACACCGUUUGCACCAGCUUCAUCUACUGCUUCUACCGGGGCAAUGUGUGGAACGGCUCCAUACGCAACUGCAAUGCAAAUAAUCCGUACUUCAAUGCCGUCUCCGGUUGUGGUGCAACACGACCGAGCGGCGUGGGUUGUCUGUAAUGAAAUUGCCAUAGUAAAUUUUUAUAUUUGAAUAUCGAUAUAUAACAAUAUUUACAUAACACUAAAUGUAUAAUAAAGAGUGGUUAAUACCCGUUAGCUAUAGGCAAAUAAUAAAUUCAAGGAAAAAAUUAAAAACAAAUAUAUUAUAAACUAACUAAAGAGAUAAUCCGGAUAUAAAAUGUUUAUCAAAAUAAAAUUAUAUUCCAGGGCUACUGUUAGUCGACUACUCUA